UCAGAUGCUCCCACUAGCAACCCUCCCUCUCUCCUCAAGCACAAGUUCCCUCUACCCAAGCUCAGAUUACAUCUCGAACAUAUUGCCCACGAUGGCUCCGCAAUCUUUCUCUCAAACGUCAAAGGCAACGAGGACCUCGAGUACCUCGUCCAGACCACCCUCGACCUGCUCUACAACUCCGACUCCAUUCGGCCAGAUACGCGCUCCAUAACGUUCGUUCUACGGGAGUUUGACGGUCUCGCAUACACCACCGGCACGGAUCUGGACGACGACCACAAGGAAAUGCACUUCAAUCUCAACUACAUUACCAACGUAAAGGGAGACGUCAGACAUGAGCUUCUGGGCGUGCUAUGUCACGAGCUCGUGCACUGCUUCCAGUGGAACGCCGAGGGCACCUGCAACGGUGGACUAAUAGAAGGGAUCGCAGACUACGUUCGUCUAAACGCAGGUCUGUCGGCGAAGCACUGGCGGCAGGAAGCUGGAGGCAGCUGGGAUGGUGGGUAUCAGCACACUGGCUACUUCUUGCAGUAUUUGGAAGACAGAUUCGGAGCGGGGACGGUCAAGAGGAUCAACGAUGGGUUGAGGAAGGGACAGUACAACGAGGAGAGGCUGUUCGCACAGUGCUGUGGUGGGCAGAAGGUAGAUGAGCUGUGGAAGCAGUAUAGGGAGGAGUUGAAAACGAAGGAA